AUGAAAGGAAAAAAAAAUAAAGUUUAACAAUACAAAUUGAUUAAAAUGAUUAAAAUUGCGUCAACUGUACAAAACAACGAAUCGUUUCAACCAUCUUGACUCUGAGGCGGGCAUUAUUUAAACAAGAAUUAUUAUUUAAAUAACAUCUUAUUUGAUUCAAUGUUGCGUUGAAAUAAUCCUUAGCUUAUUUGACCAAGCGAAUGACUUUCUCCAAAAUUAUUUAAUCAUUUGGCUAUCGAAGAAAAAAAAAAUAAUUUUGUAUUCUGUCUCUUCAAAUAAUUGUUAAUUCUAUUCUAGAAACUUCAACCUCCUGAUGUAUCUGAUUUAGACUACUUUCUCCAAAAUAACAAGUCGUUAUUCCAAAUUAUAUUCGAAGUGAGUUAUACUCUGAAUCGAUUCUUCUCUUUACAUUUUUUUUACCAUUAGUUAUUGUGGCCCUAGUAUUUAUUCACUUGAUAGUUUUACAUCUUACUGGAUCUUCUAAUCCUGUUGUUCCUAAGAUAAAUAUUUACAAGGUUUUACUCAUACUUUUUUUUUUUAUAAAAGAUUUAAUUACUAUUUUUUUUUAGUGUUAAUUAUUUUCAUGAUAGUAAAUCUUCAAAACCCUUAUAUAUAACAAGGGAUCCUGAUAAUUUCAAAAUAGCGAAUCCAAUAGUUACACUUUCACAUAUUAAGCCAGAAUGA